ACCUUGCUUUCUCCUAACAGGACUAUUUUGUGAAACCUUGCUCAUCGUAGUGUACUCAAAAACUCAUUAUUCGAUGUCUGUCCGGGUGUUAAUCAUUCGGUAACGCGAGUUUUUGUCGUUUUUUUUUCACCCCCGGUAAUUUUAAAAAUAUUGCUGAAUUUAUCCUGUAGUUCGCCCUUUGCCGUUGAAAGACACGUGAACAAUGGCAACACCUCUAGAGCAGUUCGUCCACAGCGUUCGGACCCUUUCAUCCCAAGGUAAUUUCAGAGAGCUUGUCGACCUCCUUCACAAAUCAACUUCUACCGAGCUGCUCAUCAAGAAUGCCCAGCACUUGGAUACCGUUUUGGAAACUUUCGACCUCCAAUGUCACUCCCUCGCUAUGCUCGAGGUUCUUGGCGUCAAGUUAUCCUACCCACCACAGUCCGUACCGCCGUCAGGCUCUCAAACCCAAGCAGCCGAUUACCAAGAGAUCCUCUUCACCCAGGUUCAGGAGUUCAUAAACGGCUGUGUGGCCCAGCAGAUUAGAUUUUCGCCCGGUUCAUAUGCUGAAUUGUGUCAUAUUAUCACUAGACAAUUAAUCGAAGCUAAGUCACCUAUAAGAGGCAUAGAGUUAUUAUCGACGGCGAUUAGAAAACUUCAGACCCACCCAUCCGAAUUAACAUUAAUACAUGCCGAUCUUUGUCAACUUUGCCUUUUGGCCAAAUGUUUUAAACCAGCUUUAAAAGUGCUUAAUCAAGAUAUCACUUCUAUUUCAACCACAGAUGAGGGUGUCCAGUUUGAAUCAAAAUAUUUCCUUUUGUAUUAUUAUUACGGUGGAAUGAUAUACACCGCUAUGAAAAAUUAUGAUAGGGCGCUGUACAUGUUCGAAGUCGUGAUCUCGACACCGGCGAUGGCCGUGUCUCACAUUAUGCUAGAAGCUUAUAAAAAAUACAUAUUGGUUUCGCUCAUACUUCAUGGGAAAGUUUUGCCAAUGCCGAAAUACACAUCACAAAUCGUCGGAAGGUUCAUGAAACCGCUUAGUCAGGCUUAUCAUGACCUCGCAGUCGUCUACGCUACAAAUAACACUGAAGAAUUAAAAUUAGCAGUGAGCAAAUACGCAGAAACGAUCACACGUGAUAACAAUAUGGGUUUAACGAAGCAGGUGGUCUUCUCAUUGUACAAGAAAAACAUUCAAAGGUUGACGAAAACGUUUUUAACGCUUUCCCUCUCGGACGUUGCAAGCAGAGUGCAACUGAACGGGCCGAGUGAAGCUGAAAGAUACAUCCUGAACAUGAUCGAUGAGCGGGAAAUAUUCGCGACUAUCAAUCAGAAAGACGGCAUGGUUAUAUUUCACGACGAUCCCGAGAAGUACAACAGCCCUGGGAUGCUUUGUAAACUCGAGGAUGAGAUGACGUUGUGCACGGAUUUAGACAAGAGGAUUCAAAAGAUGGAGGAAGAGAUACUCGUGAACCCCCAGUACGUCAAAAAGGCAUGCGGAACGACCGAAGAUGAUCUGACCCAAGGUACGAAGCUCAACUACAUCGUUUGAAUCCACCAAUACGUAUGUAAUAUCGGGGAUAGUUGAGUACACGUCAAAGCGAGCGGUUGUUACUUAUUGAAAAGAAGUUAUCGCGAAAACAGGCCCGGUAGAGAACUUAUCAGAACAUUUAGAACAGUGUACAUUAUUUUUUUUUUAAUAUAAACAUUAUAUUAUCUCUGAUAUGAUAUAAAAAAUUAUAUAAAUUGUUUGUUC